AUGAGUGAGCACAAAGUGCUAUUGGUUUCGCUUGCUGCCGCGCGUUUAUCGGCCGUUUGUCGAGCGUUAGCGGCGCUCAUGUUUCCCUUCAGAUACGCACACGUAUACAUCCCGCUACUUCCAGCUGGCCUAGCCGAAGUUCUGGCGACGCCAACUCCGUUUCUUAUUGGUGUUCAUUCUAGCUUGAAGGAGGAGGUUUCUGAAUUGCUCGAUGUAAUAAUAGCAGAUCUCGAUACUGGUUCCCUACACAUCCCACCGAGCGUAAACAUCCCCAGGCCGGAGGGGAAGCUCCUAUCGUCGUUGCAGGAUUCACUCGCGUUAGUACUUCAACGUGAGCUGCGUUCUGCCGACUCGGCCUUCGCCCCACCAGCCCCAGCCGCUUCGCAGCCACACAUGCUCGAUAAGGAGAUCAGAGCAGUGUUUAUGAGGACAUUGGCUAAACUGUUACAGGGUUAUAGACAUUGCCUUACUAUAAUCCGCAUACAUCCGUCCCCCGUGCUAACAUUCCACAAGGCGGGCUUCCUCGGGGCUCGUGGUCUCUCGCAGUGCCCGUUCGCCGUUCGAUUACUGGAUUCCAUGUUCUUCAAUGGAUUGGUAGCUGAACGCGGCCCGCCCUGGAGACCCACCGAUAUAUGGGACGAUCUUGUGCUGAAUCUUCCAGAACAACUGCGAUUAGAGUCUAUAAAUCCAGAUUUGGAAUUGCAGCACAUACAAGAAUUGGCUAUGCAACUGCAUUACAAUGAAAAUCCAAAUCCUCAAGUGUUCCAACAAAGAAUACUUCGUCCACCAGAGGGCGCUGAAUCACGUAUACACCAGCCUCCGUUGCCGAUGCUUUGCGCCGCGCGAGUGCAACAGGUGAUUGACGAACGGGCGGCCGCUAACAAUAUUGAGAAGUUACAAGCAAUUAGGCUUCCAGCACCACGUAUAAUCCCACCAGCAGCCCCACCCACCGGUGCUGUUGAACAUACGCAGCUCUUACUCACCAAUUCUGCGAGGCGGCUCGAAGUCUUAAGAUCGUGUAUAGCUGCGAUUUUCGAAUGUAGAUACGCAGAUGCCAGGAAGUCCUUCCCGGCUGUUUUGCGUGCACUCCGGGCGCCAAAUGCUCGCACCGCAUUAGUCAAUGAUCUCGCUUCAAGAUUGCCGACCAACAAACAUAUACUGCACCAUCACCAAUUUGAUCUCAUUGUUAAAUUAUUAAAUUGUGCCCUACAAUCAGCAUCAGCACUGGACGAGCAUUCAAUUGCAGCUGCGAUACUACCUCUAGCUACAGCGUAUUGCAGAAAACUAUGCACUGGCGUUAUACAAUACGCGUACAUGUGUAUACAGGAGCAUGCAGUAUGGACAAGUCAACAGUUCUGGGAGGCUGCCUUCUAUCAAGACGUACAGAAAGACAUCAAAGCCUUAUAUCUACCUAGCCCCACGCAUCAACAGAGAGUGCCUAGUCCUAGAGAAGAUGAGGAAUACAUAUCGCUGCUGAAGGCUCAAGAGCCAAGCGCUCUCGAAAUAGCUGCAGAACAAAUGCGAGUGUGGCCGACCUUGGCUUCCGAAAAACAAACGGAGUUGAUAGCGUCUGAAGAAUCCACAUUAUAUAGCCAGGCUAUACACUACGCUAAUCGUAUGGUGUACCUGCUAUUGCCGCUAGAGGGUGCUGGUCGACGUGCUGAUGUGCGCCCGGACGAUGACCGAGGGACGAAUAGUAUAAGCAAUAGUGUCGCAGAGUCCGAUAGUGCAGACGCUGAGUCUGGAUUUGAAGAGGCAGACCCUGGAGAAGCUGGCAAUAAUGUGAUCAAAAUGGUCUCGAGAUUCGUCGACAAGGUGUGCACAGAAGGCGGUGUUACGGCAGAUCACAUCAGAUGCUUGCAUCAAAUGAUACCUGGAGUUGUCCAUAUGCAUCUUGAGACAUUAGACGCUGUGGCGCGUGAGAGUCGUCGUCUACCUCCCGUACACAAGCCGCGUAUAGUAUCCCCAGCACUGGUGAGCGGCGAAGCCGUGGCAGCACCAGCGUUGCGCGCUUUACUCGUCGCUGAUGGCAGAGAAGCACCGUUGCUGCCUGCAGAAGGAGCUCUUUUCCUCACUAAUUACAGGAUUAUUUUUAAGGGAACUCCUGUCGAUCCAUACGCUUGCGAGCAAAGCGUCGUACGCGCAUUCCCUGUAAGUGCGUUAACACGUGAAAAAGGCAUCCGCACACAAGCACACCUUGAGCACGCGUUACACGAUGGACUGCAGCUUAGGUCAGCUACGUCACAACUCAUAAAAGUGGCUUUAGAUGAAGAAGUCAGCAGCGAACAAGCCGAAGCAUUCCGGAAACAAGUGACGCGGCUACGGCACCCCCAAUAUCCUCAGUUGCAUUUUGCUCUAGCACCAAGAGCCGCGCCUCCACCUGCGCUUGCGCAGCCUAAACAUCACACUCUCAAAGGCUUUGCGAAAAAGACGCUUCUGAAAACGGCGCGUCGAGCGGGGCUCAAACCGAAACAGUCGAAGCGACAAAAAUACGUACUGCCUUCCCCAGACGCGCGCUCUCUCACUUCUCCGCCGCUUAUGUCCUCCUUGUCUGCGGAUACGUUAUCUCUGGAGGAUCUAGACAUAGGAAGCAGUGAGAGUGCUGAAGCGCCAGCGGCGCGUACUUUGGAACGGGUUCGCGAGCGUGCGUACGCGCGAGAUUGGGCGAGACUCGGACUAGCCUCCGCACCGUUUAGACUGGCGCACGCAAAUGCUGUAUAUACUUUAUGUAGAAGUUACCCAGCUGUAGUGGCUGUACCCGAGUCUAUUUCCGAUGAGUCGCUGCGUCGUGCUGCGCGUGGUUACCGGCAGAACCGUCUUCCAAUACUCACAUGGAGGCAUCCGCGAACGAGGGCGCUUUUAGCGAGAUCAGCAGCGUCUCAUCAUAAAGGAGUUAUGGGAAUGCUAAAGGGUAGCAGUCAUCAAACGCCUGCGCCCGCGCAGCCAGGAACUGAAACCACAUCUAGUUUAGAACAGGAGAGAUUUUUGUCAACUCUAGUCAAUCUGACGCCGGCGUCUCGCGGUGAACUCGAAGACUCAAGCCUGAGUCUGGACUCCUUGCUGUUGUGUUGUGAUGAACAACAUCACAACCACACGCCUUUACUCACUAAAGCGGCCGGGACGUUAGGCGUUCUCGGUAGAAAUAGCGGAGGCAAGGGUGGCAAUAGUGCAACAGGAGGUAGACAUUUCGGGCGGUGGGGGUCUCUCAAGGAUCGCAGACAGGCGUCGCACUUGGAGCUGUAUGCGCCGCGACAGAGGCUGUCUACAGCUGAUGUAGAUUCUGCAUCUGGUGAAACAAGCGGUGGAGUCCGUCGUGCAGCUCUUUACGUGGUGACAGAGAAGGGUUCGGGCACAGGUUGGCCGGCGGGGGUCGAACCCGUGCCCGCGGAGUACCCGGACAAUCGUGCAACUAAACACGCCUUCAAGAAGUUGUUAAGAGCUGCCGCGCCAUCGGCGCCAUCGCCUGAACCUAACUUUUAUAAAUUAAUAGAAGAGUCAGGUUGGCUUUGGCAGCUCCGCACCCUGCUGCAGCUAUCAGGUUGUGUGCUGGAUUUACUAGAUGUACAGGGUUCUUCUGUUCUUCUAUCCUUGGAAGAUGGCUGGGAUGCAUGUGCGCAGAUAUCAUCUCUAGCACAAAUUUGUCUCGAUCCAUACUAUCGCACGAUAGACGGCUUUCGGAUACUCGUGGAAAAGGAAUGGCUUGCUUUAGGACACAAAUUUCAGCAAAGAUUAAACCUGGGAGCUACGCCGCAGCAAGGAUUCACGCCCACCUUUCUUAUGUUCCUAGAUGCCGUACAUCAGUUACAAAAACAAUUUCCCUUGGCAUUUGAGUUCAACGACUAUUACCUUCGCUUUCUGGCGUACCACACUGUGUCGUGUCGUUUUCGAACUUUUCUAUUUGACAAUGAAGCGCAACGCGCUGAGCUCGGUCUUACCCCCGAUGAAAGAAGACCAGAUGUUGGGCGAUUAGUGAUAGAAACAGGCAGUGGGGGAGCAGAGGGUGGUAGCGGCGAAGAGGAAGGAUGGGGCGGAGCUGGUGGAAUGGGCGUGUUUGAGUACAUAGAGCGGCUGCAUCAGCGCUCGCCUAUAUACUACAAUCUGCUAUAUGCGCCAGACCUUGAUAAUCCAGUGUUGCGUCCAGUCAGUGCCGUCUCUCGGUUAGAAGUUUGGGAGUAUUAUGUGAGCGAAGAGCUUUCUCAUGGAGCGCCUUACGAGCCCGACCUUUGGCCCUCUGACCCUGAACCGAAGAGCCCUAGAAGACUUGUCACUGCUGGCUACGAUAGUAUACCGCGGUGUAUGCCAGAUGCAUUCACUGGCCUGCUGGAACGACUGAGACAGCUAGAACUAGAGCUGGGUCACCUGCCGCAGAAGUGGAGAGUGCGGUGGGAACAGUUAGAGUUACCUAACACGCUGGAAUUACAGCGCAACGCAUCAAUGUGCAGUGGAGUGGUUCGUCGAGCAACAGCGGCGGCGCAUAGACGGGGUACUCUUGAAGUGCUGGUGCGAGGGCGGCUGGCAGCUGCUCCAGCUGCACCGCAGCACCGCUGGGCGCCGGCCGCCGCCGCUGCGCCUGCGCGAUGCGAUCACUGUGCCGAUUUGCUUUGGGGACCUUUAGAGACCGGAGUCCGAUGCGUGGACUGCGGCGCGGCGUGCCACGAGCGUUGCGCCGACGGCUUCGCCCUGCCCUGCACCAAGUAUAAGGCUCCGCCACAGCCGGACAGGGACAACAAACUGCCUCUUGCUAACAGUGUUGGAACACUUCAAUCCAGUUCCCAACAGUACUACGAACAGUUCUCGUCGAACGUAGCAGAGAACAGAACUCACGAAGGACACCUCUACAAACGUGGGGCGUUGCUCAAGGGAUGGAAACAAAGAUGGUUUGUGCUAGAUUCAAUAAAACAUCAACUUAGAUAUUACGACGCGAUGGAAGAUUCGCAUUGUAAAGGAUUUAUUGACCUGGCGGAAGUGAUAGCGGUUUCUGGUGCUGCGCCAGCACCGGGUCCUCCUAAGAAGUGUGACGAUAGAUCCUUUUUCGAUGUACGUAUAAAAUAA